AUUUUGGUAAACUGCUUCCUCUCCACUGCGCAUGCGCGUUAAUGUGUCAGAUUGUUUAGGUCAUUUCCUUAUGCGGUUAGCUUCACUUAAGUAGAGAUUUCGUGGUUAAAUUUAAACGUACAAUAAAUUGACAGUAACGACGCAUUAAUUUCGGCGUUUUGCUAACCGCUAAGUUUCAAAAUAAAAGUCGGCUGUCGGGUGUGUGCUUUGAACUGAAGUACGUCCAAAUGCUAUCUUCUCUAGUGUAACCUGGAACUUCCGGCUUCAAAGUUUCCUCUAAAUUAGUUGCAGAAUCUGGAAUCAUAUUUCCUACUUUGAUAUCUAGCAACAGUAAUGCAACUGAGAGAGAAGACGAUUGCCACUUUGAAGCAGUUUGACAUCGGAGGGAAGUUCUCUAACCUGCCGGUGUUGCCUAAAGCCUCCGUUCUCAUUCCUUUAUUUGUGAGAGACAAUGAGCUGCACACCCUGAUGACCCUCCGUUCAGAAGAGCUGAGGACCAGUGCUGGGGAGGUGUGCUUCCCGGGUGGGAAGAGAGACCCCGGUGACCGCAGUGAUGUGGACACCGCCCUGAGAGAAGCAGAGGAGGAGAUAGGGCUGCUUCCCAAUGAUGUUGUGGUGGUCUGCACGUUGUUUCCAAUCAUCAACAAGAGUGGUCUGUUGGUGACCCCCAUUGUUGGCUUCAUAGAUGAGACUUUUAGCCCCACCCCAAACCCAGCAGAGGUCAGUGCCGUGUUCUCCGUCCCGCUGGGCUUCUUCAUCCGACAGGAGGACCACUCUGUGGCUCACAGUGCGCCUGGGAUAAUGGGCCCUUUGCAUUCCUUUAAUUUUUUGGACCCUGCUUCCGGAUGCUACUAUCACAUAUGGGGACUGACAGCCAUGCUGGCGAUUUUAGUUGCCACCCUUGCACUUAAAAAGAAACCAGAGUUUGACGUUGGGUUUGACUCGGAGGAUCCACUCUCUUUCUUCCAGCAUCUUCUGCAUCUGAAACUCAGUAAACUUUAAGCAUGUUAACUCUAAUUUUUCUGUCAGGAAUUAAAAAUGAUUAAAACCUCAGAGGGGAAAAGAGAACGCACUGAGAUGCCUACAUUUUUAUUAAUUCUUUUAAUGUAGCAGCAGGAUUACAGAUAUAAACAGAAGAGUAUACAAAUGUCCAGACAAAGGCAAAGUACAUUUUAAUAUUUCAGAUGUAUAACACGCUGGGGUUGACCUUGAUCCCUACUGCAGGGUCUUAAGGCUAGAUACUAAGCUGAAGCUACACACAAACCGAUAGAACAGAACUGUUGGAAGGUGUGAAAUAGAAAGCAAACUAGGAAAAGUGAGCGAACUGAUUAAACAAGAUAAAGCUCACUAUUGGCAAAUAUAACAAGUCCAUGGUUGCCCCUUUCUGAUCAAGCAUUUCACAGCAACUGUAUCGUUGACGAGCACAUCAACACAAGAAAGAAAGAAAGAACUCGACAAUCGUCGCUGUCUCCAUCCUUUUUACCUCACGCGGACAAAUCUCAUGAGGCAUGACAAAGAUUUUUUCAGUAAAACACGACAAACAAGGUGACACUUCACUGGUGGAGCUGCACGAUAUAAGAAAUCUGAUGUUGAGAAUGUUUUUUGCAAAAUAUAUAAAUAUCUAUCAGCAAGAGUUCUGUUUAUGCCUCUAUUGAGCAAUCUUAACAGUUGAAAAGCGUCUUGAUGUUACGCUGUCCUAAAGGGGUAAAAAGGACGAGAAGCGAUGGCCCAAAGGAAAAAAAAAAAAGGGGGGGACACACCAGUAAACACAACAGAGCAACAAUUAGUUAUCAAGGCACACAAAGUUCUGUUGAAAGCAUCACAAUUGAAAUUCAAGAUACCCCUGCAGUAUAUUUCACAUUUAAAUACACGUGGAUAACCAUUUACAGGACUGAAGGGAACAGAAAGAUACUCUGCAAAGAUUUGUGUGCUCUCUUUGCCACCAGUAAACUCAUAUUUAACAAGGCUUGUUUUCCCCCCAGGUUGAAGUGGCUCUUCAAAAUAAAAGAUGCAGUCUUUGCAGACAAAAGAAUAAAAAAUAAAGGUUGAAACAUGUACACAAGCUGGUUCCACUGCUUAUGACCUCGAAAACGGAUUGGUCCGAUGCCAGAUUUAGAUCAACCUCCAUGUCCACACCGUGAGGUAACGUUACAUUCAUGAAAGUGAAGUCACACGUUGGCAUUCUGUGUUGGUAUGGCUUCUCAAGAGGCAAAGCUGUUCAGCACUUUCGCAACUAAAACAUGUGCUCAUAAUCUCCAAAAGUAUUGGAAGGGAAUGCUUGGAAACUUCACGGCUGACCUGAUCAACAGUUGAGUCAAAGCUUCUUUUCAGAUGCACGACACAUGAAUUAAUAAAAGAUACAGGAUUACAAAGCCUAACUUGCUCUUUUGUUGUUGGGGUAAAUUUAAAGUGAAAAGUUUCCAAUUUUAGUAAUAUUUGAACAAUAAAUUUGUAUUUCACUUUGGGAGACAA